GUUGGCCUAAGAAAAUCACAAACACCUUCUACAAAACCCAGCAAUUGUUUCUUUGUAUCCUGGAGAUUAUACAUCGAAAACAUAUACUCGAAAUUAGAAUGAUGUCCAUGAAGUUGAUUGGAAGCCUCAGCUGCUGCUUAUGGCUAGUCAUGGCCAUAGCCACCGUAGCUCAAACAUCCGAUGACUCGAAUGCUCCGGUGCUUGACACUUCCGGUCAGGCUCUUCAAGCCGGUGUAGAUUACUACAUCAAACCCGCCAUUACUGACAGUGGCGGUCGUUUCACUUUGAUAGACAGAAAUGGCUCAUGUCCAUUGUAUGUCGGUCAAGAAAACGUCUCAGGCCCUGAGGGCUACCCUGUGACAUUUGCUCCUUUUGUAGAGGGAGAAACUGUGGUGAGGGAGGCAAGGGACCAAAAGAUCACAUUCUCAGCAGCCACAAUCUGUGUGCAGUCAACUGCAUGGAAGUUGGGUGAGACUGAUCAAGUCACCCAAAGGAGAUUGAUUGUCACCGGAGAAGAUCAAAACCAAGGCAUCGCUGGUCCGGCUCGAAACUACUUUAGGGUUAACAAGCAGGCAGCUCUAGAUGGUGUCUACAAUCUGCGAUGGUGCCCAACUGAACUAUGCCCUACUUGCAGGUUUAUAUGUGGGUCUGUUGGAGCUCUUGUGGAGAAUGGGAAGAGGUUGCUUGCCUUGGAUGGUUCUGUGCUUCCUGUUGUGUUUGAGAGGGCUUAAGUAAAUAUUUGAUCCAUAUUUAUUAUGUAUUAAUGGGAUGGGAAUAAUCAUGUCAUAUAGCUGACGUAUAUGAUCAGUCUCUUAAUUAUAAAUAUAAAUAAACUCUUGCAACUAAUGUCAUGGGGAACUUA